AUGGAAACUACCAGUGGGAAGCUGAAAGGGAGGCCAGAGAGGCCAGGAGACCCCGCCGACAUCGACAUCGAGCCGGCAACGGCGACGAGAACCGGCACAGUAGCGGAACUCAAGCAACAGCAAGAGCUACAACAUAUUGGAACACUCGAUCGAAAAUUGAAAUCGCGGCAUGUUCAAUUUCUCGCUCUCUCGGGAGCCAUCGGCACGGGACUCUUUGUUGGCAGCGGUCAAGUUCUGUCGCUGGCUGGGCCGUUGUCCGCCUUCAUCUGCUACGCCGUGACCGGGUUCAACCUAUACUGCGUGAUCAACUGCCUUGGUGAGAUGGCUGCGUGGCUUCCAAUCCCGGGAGCUGUGCCAAUCUUUGCUGCGCGGUUCGUUGAUCCUGCGCUGGGGUUCACUCUGGGAUGGAACUAUUGGUAUCAAUUCGCCAUCGGCGUCCCGAUCGAAGUCACCGUCUCGGUGGUUAUCCUCGACUACUGGGACCACGCCAUUCCGCAAGCCGCCCUCAUCACAAUCUUCUUCGCAGCAAUGGUCCUCGUCAACUGCCUUCCGGUCCGCAUAUACGGGGAAGCGGAGUUCUUCUUUGGCGCCAUCAAGCUCACCACGAUCGUCGGGCUCAUCAUCCUGAUGUUCGUGAUCACCGUGGGCGGCGGGCCGAAUGGGGAUGCCAUCGGCUUUCGGUACUGGCACGACCCCGGGCCGAUGAACGAGUACCUCCGACCCGGCGCUCUCGGCCGCUUCCUCGCCUUUUGGAAAGUCUUUAUCCAAGCCACAUUCUCGUACGGUGGCAGCGAAAUGGUUGUCGUCGCGUCCGGUGAGACGGAGAACCCGCGCCGCAAUAUCCCAAAGGCCAUCCGCCGCGUCUUUUGGCGCAUCGCGAUAUUCUAUGUUCUCGCCAUCUUCCUCGUCGGGCUGUGUGUCUCAUCAGAGGACCCUAACCUACUCAAUGCGAUUAGCAGCAGCAGCCCCGGCGCCGCGCAGAGCCCGUUUGUCAUUGCUAUCAGCAACGCCGGCAUCGGGACACUGCCCUCGAUCAUCAACGGCGUGAUCCUCAGCAGUGCGUGGAGCGCCGGCAACAGCUUCUUUUACGCCUCGACGCGGGUCCUCUAUGCCGCCGCACUCGACGGCAAGGCGCCCGCUGUCCUAAAGUGGGAGCGCUUCGGUGUGCCGUACGCCUGCGUCGCAGCCACGUCGGCGCUGGGAUGCCUGGUCUACCUCAACGUGAACAACCGCGCUACCGAGGUGUUUUUCUGGAUUAGCAACCUCAGCGCCGUGAGCACACUGGUCGUCUGGGCCAGCGUGUGCUACACCUACCUGCGGUUCUACCAGUGCCUACGACACCAUGGCAUCGACCGCAAUACGUUGCCGUACAAGGCGCCGAUGCAGCCGUUUCUCGCGUACUUUGCCAUUGUCUUCUGUCUCGUUGUGGCGUUCUUCAAUGGAUUUGAUGCGUUCUUUCCGGGGCGGUUCAGUGCCAAGACGUUUUUGCCGCCGUAUAUUGAUAUUCCGAUCUUCUUGUCAUUUUUCCUCGGUUAUAAGCUUGUCAAAAAGACCAAGUUUGUGAAUAUUUCCGAGAUGGAUAUCUGGUCGGGCAAAGCGGAGAUUGAUCGGCUUGAGCCGACGUGGCCGGUGGUGAAGCCUCGCAACUGGUUGGAAAGGAUUUGGUUUUGGAUCGCGUAA